AUGUUGGCGGAGGCAGGCGGCGUCUUCCAGGAGGCCAGCCGGGAGUUCGAGGACAGCGAGGGAGACCUCCGCUCUCCAGGCAUGGAGCCCCCUGAGGCCCUUCGCCCGGCAGCUCCCUCGGACGCAGAGGUGGCCUCGGCCGUCAGGGACAUGCAGCGCCUGAUGGGCCUCUUCGGGCUGGGCCUGGAGGCCGUGACGCAGGCCUUCCUGAAGAACAGCGGGGAGCUGGAGGCGGUGGAGAGCUGCCUGCGGACCGGGCGGCGCUCGGACGGACGGCCGCUCUGGACCAGGCGAGACGACGCAGAGCUCCGGGAGGGGGGCCGGGGCCUCAGGGCCCGGCUGGAGGCCAGGUACGGGCCGGAGAACGUGGGCAGGAGAGAGGCCUUCCGGAGGAGCUAG